CGUCGGACCACAGUACAUUCCGCCACUUGUCGCUGGCCCAAUCAACGCGCUUUUGCGCAAAGUUGAUUCGCGCCUGCAAGUGGCACCGUUUCAGCAACGGAACCUUGCGGCGACACCGGACGACCAGGUUGUUCUCAACCAGGCGACGCUGGACCGUUCCAUCGCUUACCGAUAGCUCCAGCUCGUCCCUUAUCGCUCUGGCCUACUUAAAAGGAUCGGCUUUACACAACCGCGUCAUCCUAGCAUCGUCUUUCGCAGUAGUUUUGCGCGGACGACCGGCGGAUACCUUUCUUCCCAUGCUAUGAAUAGCAUUCAUUACAAAGGUUUUCGAGCGCCCAAGCUUGGCAGCAAUCGCGCGCUGCGACUCGCCAGCAGCCGCCAAACGCUUGAUCAGCUGAAGCUGCUCUUCAGUUGCGUGCACACCACGACCCAUCGCAAACAACAAAGCAAAAAACACUUGGAAAAAAACGGGAGCAAAAAAGAACGUGUGGUCUCGUCGAAGGCUUUGAACACAGUGCUAGCGAUUAACUUCCGAUACCCGUUCUCUCAACAAUCUGAGAGAACACCGUUCGGCACUGCUUCGUGUGCGAGAGCGUACGCGCGUACUAAACUACUAAGGUACUAAACCACACAGCGGAGCGAUACUACCCAAGCGAGUAAAAAUUCGGUUUUUCGGCUACUUUUUUGUAUUUGUUUUCGAGCACGAAAUCAAACCCGAAAAAAUAUCCGAGAUACAGAUAUUUUUCGGACGAUAAACCGAAGCAGACCCGAAGGCUACGCAUACAUACGCAUUUACAUAGGGAAGCGAGGCAAAAAUCAAAGUCAAAAAGGAACCCAAAAAAAAGUUUCGCACCUCUUACGAUGCAACUUUAGAAUUUUUUUACGUGUGUGUGUUUUCUUAUUUGUUUUUAUCAGGCGCGCUUGUCCCUUUCACAUACACUGUCACAUUUUUAAUUUCAUGUGUAGGUUGUUCGACGGCACGUGUUUUCAUUACAUACGGUCUGAAGAGUGAAGUGGAAGAUCUUUAGUUAUCGGUGAUUUUUCUCUGUGGAAAGGUAAGUAGAAAUGGGGUUUUAAGUUGAUUAUGUACAGUGUAAUUAUGAAUAUUUACCAUCAAUCCGGAACCGUCGCCUUAACCGUAGAGUUAUCGCGAUCUUGCUGUUGAGGCUCGUAGCAAAGGCGGUUUUGUGAUGUUCGUUGGUAUCUGCGAAAGCUUAGCUUUUGUUCGAGUGAAUCGAUGAGCAAUUUUUUUUUUAUUUCAAAGUGUUAAUUAAAGAUUCUUUUGUUUUAGCAAAAUGUAUAACCAAUCCAGUGAAGCAAAACAAAUCGAGAAGAUUAACAACCAAAAAGAGAUAUAUUCCGAUAUUGUAAAUAUUCGAAGAGGUAAGUUGUUAUCGCAAUAAUAUAAUUGCUUCGAUCAACUACCUAAUGUUCUUCAUUAUAGAUCCUCAAUAUACUUCGCAACAAUUUCUUAACAACACACCACCAAUUCCAUCGUCAUCUAAACCAAGAAUAUUGAGUGUUUUGGAAUUACCGCGUCUCAUAACUUUUCCUCGCUUGGAAACUGUGUCGACGAUCACCAACAACAACAACAACAACAACUUAACAAGUCAACAACUAUCGCCGAACAACCCAUUUCAACCAACAAACACCGAAAUCACGCUAUCGCCAAACAAUCCGUUUUCGCAGCAGCCAAUCCCACAAAAGACCGAUAUUCGAUACCUGUGUUCUCCCAACAAUCCGUUUUCACCUCAACAUAUCGCACACGAUACUAAACAGCAAAAUAGUAUAGGCACCGUUUCUAGUGUGCAAAAAAAAGGAAAAUCAUGGAAGAUUUCGCGCCCGUCGAUACCAACCAAAUAGCUGAAUUAUUUGAGGGAUUAAGAGUGACCUUAAGUAAAAAAAAAUGAUGAAAAUUUCGACGUGCUCAAUGACAAGGUCAAUGCGUUGCAUAAUCGGAUAGAUUAUAUUGAUAAGAAAAUGGAUAUAGUUCUUAAAAAUUCAGCAAAAGUGACAUCCCAUGUGGAUGAAUUGGUUGCGGCCACUUGUCCUCGCGCAGGAAUUUUUCCGAGGACAGAAUUUCAUUUGACGCCGAUUAGUUCAGAAGAAGAAAUUAUAUCAUUUAAUGACAAACUUUCUUCUGAUCCUGAGUUCAGAAAACAGGUGGUGUCAUGGAUGCAAAUGCAAAUAACACGCGCAAACAUUGAUAACCGUUUGCACGAGGCAAUAGAUUUAAUAUUUACAAAAUCAUUUCUUUCUACUAUGAAUUGGACAGGAAUUAGUAAAACAGCAGGUGUUAAAAAAAAUAGGAUUAGGAUGCUUUAGCAAUAUAUUAGAUUUAUUUGUAGAUAUAAGUAGUAAUAACUUAGCAAAACCCACUAUUUCGUUUGUAGGAUAUUUUUUAAAGAAUAAAUUGAAGCAUUCUAAGGAGCGUCUUCGCAUUCUUGAAACCAAGAGGACGUCGUCUCAUACAGUGAAGCGUUCUUAGACGGUUUCAAUGUUUUUUGCAACAUAUUUUUACUGUUUAAUUAAAAUUUCAUUAAUUUCCUUAUCCAUUUUCUAUUUAGUUUAUUAGUUUAUUGAUGAUGAAUUAAUUGAAUUAAUUGCUGCACCGUUUGUUUGUUUUUCCUCAUUUAUUUCAUUAUAAUUCUCCAGAUCAUAAUUUAAUACUUGCAACCCUCGCUGGAUAGGAUUUUUGUUAAUUGGCGAAAUUUUGUAAAAAAAUAAAUGAAACUUUCAUUCAUAGUGUUAUGUUGUUCUUAGUUUAUUUUCUGUAAUUAUUAUUAAAUAAAAGAUAUGAUGUUAUAGUGUGUUUCACAAAACCUCUUUCAUUCAAUAAGAGUGUGUAGCAACGGAACAAAUAUGAUUUCUUCUUUUCGUGAGGUUGAUAUAGCCACUAGCUUACAUCUGAUGUUUCCUAAAAUCGUGUCUUCGCAGUUUUACGACAAAGUAUUUUCAAAACCUUUAAAUGUGUAAAUUUCGCUUGAUUCAAAAGGGUCGUUAAACACCAAACCUGUAAGAUUAACUUUCU